UUGGAUUUUGAAUAUUUGACGUUGAGCAUUACUUUCCCAUUAUAAGUUCCUGGAGUUUUAACUUUUCACAUACCUUUCACAUAUCAUGGCGGACGCAUUAAAAGCUGCUGGCAAUAAAGCCAUUGCAGAGAAGAACUUCGACGAGGCUGUGUAAGUUUUCUGCUUGUUUCUCUGAGCUCUGGAACCUCGAGAACUUACUUUUUGAGGUCAUUCCACGGUAUCUUUCUUUGGCUAUAAUUUAUAUACAGAGCAUUACUAAUUAGCUUACAGUGCAAAGUUCACCGAAGCCAUUGCUAUCGAACCAGAAAAUCACAUUCUCUACUCUAAUAGGUCGGCUGCGUAUGCCUCGAAACGAGACUUCGAAAAGUCCCUACAGGAUGCUGAGAAGUGUACAAGCAUCAAGCCGGACUGGGCCAAGGGAUGGGGCAGAGUUGGUACCGCUAAGCAAAGUUUGGGCGAUCUCUUGGGAGCGCACGAUGCUUAUGAAGAGGCUUUAAAGCUUGACCCAAAUUAUGCGGCGGCUACUAAGGGUUUGGCACAGGUCAAAAAGUCUAUCGAUGCAGAGGCCAAAGCAGGUUUGUUCUUGUAAACUCAAGAUUGUAUGGAACAUGUGCUAACUAGUGUUGACAGAUGGUGUAAAGGGUGAUCCAACAGAGGGACUAGGUAACAUGUUUAGUGAUCCACAACUUGUCGCAAAACUGGCAGCAAACCCCAAGACUGCCAAAUUCCUGUCGGACCCAACGUUCAUGGCAAAACUUCAACAAAUCAAGUCAAACCCAAACAAUACCCAAGAACUUUUCUCAGACCCUCGCAUGAUUCAAGUCUUGGGUGUUCUGAUGGGUGUGGAUAUGUCUUUUGCUGAUUCGGGCGCUUUUGGCGGUGCUCCUGGUGCCCAGGGUGCUUCUGCGCCUACGGAAGCUGAGGAGGACAUUCAAAUGCCAGACGUACGUCCCAGCGCGCAAGAACCACAAACCGAGAAGGCAAAGGCCGAGCCAGAGCCAGAGCCAGAGGAUGAGGAGGCUGUGGCGAAAAAGCAGGCAAAGGCUGAGGCCGAUGAGGAGAAGAGACUUGGUACAGAACAGUACAAGAAAAAGAACUUUGAUGAGGCGAUUGCGCAUUACAGCAAGGCUUGGGAAUUAUACAAGGAUAUCACCUUUCUUAACAAUCUUGGUGCCGCAUAUUUUGAGAAGGGAGAGUAUGAAGAGGCUGUCAAGGCAUGUGAGAAAGCCGUUGAGGAGGGACGGGAAAUUUACGCCGAUUUCAAGAUGAUCGCUAAAUCAUACGCUCGUAUUGGAACUGCAUAUGAGAAGAUGGGGGAUUUAUCGAAAGCUAUUGAAAAUUACAACAAAUCACUCACUGAACAUCGUACCCCGGACGUGGUCAACAAGCUCCGUGCUGCCGAGAAGAACAAGAUCGAAAGCGCCAAAAAGGCUUACAUCGACCCGGUAAAAGCUGAAGAGGCCCGUGAACUCGGAAAUCAAAAGUUCAAGGAGUCAGAUUGGCCUGGAGCGGUUGAGGCUUACAGUGAGAUGAUCAAACGUGCUCCAGAGGAUCCAAGAGGUUACAGCAACCGUGCAGCUUCUUUCAUUAAGCUUCUUGAGUUUCCUUCCGCUUUGGAAGAUUGUGAUAAGGCAAUCGCUAAAGAUUCCAAGUUCGUGAGAGCAUACAUCCGAAAGGCACAAGCAUACUUUGGCAUGAGAGACUACUCUAAAUGUCUUGAUGUGUGUAACGAAGCCACCGAAGCUGAUGCUACAAAGGCAAAUGCUAGAGAGAUUGAGCAGCAACAACAGAAAGCUGUUACUGCUAUGUACAGUGCCAGAGAAAAUGAGACUGAGGAGCAGACUAAGGAGAGACUUUCAAGAGACCCAGAGGUGAGUUAGAAACUCCAAUACUUUUGGGGAAAUCUUUACUAACGGUACUACAGAUUCAAAGAAUCAUGGGUGAUCCAGUCAUGCAAAGCAUUCUCCAACAAGCUCAAAACGACCCCGCCGCUCUUCAAGAACACAUGAAGAAUCCCCAGAUCAGAUCUAAGAUUCAGCAGCUCAUCGCUGCAGGUGUCAUCCGUGUUGGAAGAUGAUUGAAGAUAACAUAAUGGUAAGUUAUUAGGGAGGACGCCUAGUUCUAAUUAUUAAUCAUUACCUCAGCUUGUCUGGAUGAUUGAAUUUGAUUUCGUUUGGGGCGUGGAUAGGGAAUGAUGAAUUGAUAUGAUCAAUGAGAUGAGAUGAAAUAUACCAUGAAAGAGAGGAUGCAUGCAAAAGCGGAUGGAUGGGAUGGGAAUAGGACGUAAUGUUAAAAUUCCGUGGAUGGGAGUUCUUUAGCGUGUGCCAUUGUCAUUUUUAUGAAAUGCGUUGCAUUGCUAGCAAGGUAUUUAUUUUAUUUACUUACUUAGGUAGUCUAUCACUUAAUACCUCACUAUUUAUUCUAUUGCACAUACAUCUAGCG